CUGGGAGGAGCACGUCAACAGGACGGGCUGGACCAUGGCCCAGAACAAACUGUUCAACAAGAUCCACAAGGCGCUGCAGUCGGACAGGCUGGCCCGCCUGGCCAACGAGGGGGCCUGCAACGAGCCCGUGCUGAGGAGGAUUGCCGUGGAUAAAUGCGCCCGCAGGGUGCGCCAGGCCCUGGCCAGCGUCAACUGGGACACCAAGCUCAUCCAGUGGCUCCACACCACGCUGGUGGAGACCCUGAGCCUGCCCGUGCUGGCUGCAUACCUGGAUGCCCUGCAGACCCUCAAGGGAAAGAUCCCUGCGCUGAUUGACAGGAUGCUGCUCUCCUCCACGGCCAAGACAGGAGCAGCAGGGGCUGAGGCGCUGUCCCUGCUGCUCAAGAGACCCUGGGACCCAGCUGUGGGUGUCCUGUCCCAUAAUAAACCAAGCAAACUGCCCGGAUCGCCCCUGAUCCUCAUCGCCUCCUCCGGCCCCGCCAACUCCCUGUUCCCCACGUCCCGGCGGCACCGCUUCUGGCAGUCCCAGCUCUCCUGCCUGGGAAAG